AGUUUUCGGACAGAGGUUUCAUGUUCUCCUCUCCCCGAACUAACCACUCAAGGAAGACAUGCAUAUUUUCCAAUUAUCUUUCUUUCUUCUUCUCUUCCAUUCCCUAUCUCAAGCCCAGCAGCUCUACAAUGAGUACUACUACUCUAACUGCUCGGUAGCUGAUUACACUGCUAAUACCACCUUCGAAAUUAAUCUCAACUCUCUUCUUCCCAUUCUAAUUUUCAAUGCUCGUUUUGUCUACUACUUUUACACCGAGAGGGGCGCAAAUCCCGACACCAUCUACGGCCUCUUCCUUUGUAGAGGCGAUGUUACUUUCAACACCUGCAAUGCCUGUGUCAAUCAGUCAACUCAAGAUAUCAAACAAAGGUGCCCCAACAGAAAACAAGCAGUCAUAUGGUAUGAUCACUGUAUGUUGCGUUACUCAGACCGCAACUUCAAAUCCGUAUAUGAUCCAUCUAUCAAUUCAAUAAUGUUAACUCGGAGCUCGAAGAAUACAACGGACCCACAACCAUUUAACCAAACACUGAAUAGUCUGCUGAGAAAUCUUUCUUCAGUGGCUGCAUUUAAUCCUUCCGUACGGAUGUCGGCGAUGGGAGAAGCUAAUUUUACGGCUUCUCAGAAGAUAUAUGCGAUUGUACAGUGUACACCAGAUUUAUCAGAAAAUGACUGUUAUACAUGCUUGCUAGCGGCUAUAUCUGAGAUUCCAGUGUGCUGUGAUGGAAGGGAUGGGGCGGUAAUUAGCGGUGCGAGCUGUGCUAUGAGGUAUGACGUGCUUCCUUUUUAUGUUGGUGCAGCUUCGGUUCCUCGUCCUCCUCCUUCGUCACCUACUGAUUCUUCAUCAGGGAAUGGAGGGAACCAAUCAAAGAUUAUAAUUUUCAUUAGUGUAGCAUCGGUUGCCGGGUUGGUUCUAUUCAGUUCUUGUAUCUACUGCUUCUGCUACCGACGACAACGGAAGAGGUCACGAAAAGUGAAAGAGAACGGUCACCAUGAACUAUUAAAUUAUUUGGGGCCUCCGAUUGGAUCAGAACUCUUGUACUCAAGCAUGAAUGGUGAGCAAACACAAGAUCUGCCAUUGAUCGACUUAGUUACAAUACAAGCUGCUACAAACAACUUCUCUGAUGAAAAUAAGCUUGGAGAAGGUGGAUUUGGUCCUGUAUAUAAGGGAAUGCUACCUGAUGGGAAGGAAAUAGCAGUUAAAAGGCUUUCCAAGAGCUCAGGGCAAGGUCUGGAGGAAUUCAAGAAUGAAGUCACAUUGAUUGCCAAACUCCAACAUAGGAACCUUGUGAAGCUCAUGUAUUGCUGUAUAGAGAGGGGAGAGAAACUGCUCAUCUAUGAAUACAUGCCAAAUACCAGCCUUAAUGUCUUUCUCUUUGAUCCAGUCAAGCGAGCUCAAUUAGGUUGGGAAAGAUGCCAAAGUAUUAUAGGUGGAAUUGCAAAGGGCCUUGUUUAUCUCCACGAAGACUCAAGACUCAGAAUCAUUCACCGGGAUCUGAAAUCUAGCAAUAUUUUGUUGGACCAUGAGAUGAACCCAAAGAUUUCUGACUUUGGAAUGGCACGAUUUUUAAGAGGAAAUCAAAGCCAGGUCAACACUAAUAAAGUCGUUGGAACAUAUGGCUACAUGGCACCGGAGUAUGCAAUGGGAGGGCGAUUCUCUGUGAAGUCUGAUGUCUAUAGCUUUGGAGUUCUACUUCUAGAGAUUCUAAGCGGAAAAAGGAACAAUGGUCUCAAUCUUCCUAACCAUGCUCAGAGCCUUCUCACUUAUGCAUGGGAAUUAUGGUGCGAUGGAAAAGCUUUGAAGUUGAUUGAUUCUUUGUUAGCCCAGACAUGUCCUACAAGUGAAGUGUUGAGAUGGAUCCACAUUGGGCUACUAUGCGUUCAAGAAGAUGCAGCGGAUAGGCCCACCAUGUCCUCAGUCGUUCUCAUGCUUGGAAGUGAAUCUAUGGAUCUUCCACAACCUACACAGCCAGGAUUUUUUGUCUCAAGGGUCGUCAAUGAAUCAGAUCAAUCUUCAGGAAGUGCCAAAAUCCGCUCUCUGAAUGAGGUAACUAUCUCUACUCUCCGACCUAGAUGAAUGGGUCUAGUUGAUCAGUCAAUCUCAUGCUCUCAUGGGUUGGGAUGCGAUCUCCACAGGCCAUGGUUCCACCUUGGCUUGCCAAAAAUAUAUGUACUUGUAAUGACACCUUCUUCACACGUUCUCAUCGUGUAGCGAUACAAAGUGGCUUGAUGGACUUAAAAUAUUUGGGGAUUAUGUUAAUUUAAGUUUCAAUAUACAUUUCAAGAUCCUAUUCGUUGAGAAUAAUUUUCCAGGUC